AUGAAAAAAGAGGACGCAGUCCUCCCUUCAACCCAGACAGCCCUGGUAGCCCUAUCAGAAUGCACUUACACCAUCGCCCAGCGCCAUUGUCUACCCAAGCAGCCACCCUUGCCGCAAGACAUCAUCGUACGAGUGACCCAUGUUGCCCUGAAUCCUUGCAACUGGAAGAUGAUAGACUUCUCGCCAGCCAUUGGUACCGUUGGCGGCAAUGACUUCUCCGGCGAAGUCGUCAUUGUCGGUAGCCACGUUCAGCGCUGGAAUGUCGGAGACGCGGUGUGCGGAUUCCUUUAUGGGUUAGACCCCCAUGCGGGCAAAACGGGGUGGGCGGGUGCCUUUGCUCAGUACGUCAGUGUUGAUGAGGGACUUGUGAUGCGUGUGUCGCCGAGCCUUGGCAACGCGCAGGCGGCCUGCCUGGGGGCCGGCAUUGUCACAGCGGGCAUGUCGCUAUUUCGAAGUUUGGGAUUACCAUCCAUCGGGGUGCCCGCCGGAUAUCUUCCUCUGACAACCUGUUCACUCUCCAACUUCAACCUCGUCAAGUCGUUUGGCGCCGAGAAAGCUUUUGACUAUCACUCGCCGUCUUGUGGAGUCGCCAUCCGUGCCUUCACCAAAGGCAAACUACAGAAGGCUCUGGAUUGCAUCACCGACUCGAGUAGCAUGAAAAUAUGUUACACGGCCAUAGGCCCGCGCGGAGGCCAGUAUACAGCACUAGAACCGCCCCCAGAGCACAUUAAACAGUCUCGCAAAGAUAUACGGACUGAUUGGGUAAUGGCAUUGACCAUAUUUGGGAAAGCUGUGGACCUCAAAGGUCCUUUUGAGCGUGCUGCCGCGCCAGGUGAUAUGGAGUGGGCUCGGUCGUGGUAUAUGCAAGCCGACGGCCUGGUUGCCAGUGGGAUCCUACGGCCUCAUCCGGCAAAAGUGACAAAUGGGAACUGGACUGAUGUAAUCCAAGGUAUUGAUGAUCUGCGUAAUGGUAAAGUUCGCGGGGUAAAACUUGUGUAUGGCAUCGAAUAG